AUUAUCUUAAGAAAACUACACGUUGCUAGUUGCAACCAAAUAUAUGAUUAAUCCAAGUAAUAGUUAUAUUAUAUAAAUAAACUGUCUAUAUAACUCCCAAUCGAAUCAGAUCAACAAAGAAAAAAAGAAACAGAGUAUCAAAAAAUGUCAAUCUUGCUCUGUUUCCUCUGUCUUUUACCUGUUUUCUUAGUUUCCUUAUCAAUUUUCUCAAUAAAACUCAAACCCUCAAAAUGGAAGCUUCCUCCGGGACCAAAGACGCUCCCGAUCAUCGGAAACUUACACAACCUCAAAGGACUGCCACACACAUGUUUUCGAAAUCUCUCCCAAAAAUUUGGACCAGUGAUGCUUCUCCACUUCGGAUUCGUCCCCGUGGUCGUGAUCUCAUCGAAAGAAGGAGCAGAAGAAGCUCUCAAGACCCAAGAUCUUGAAUGUUGCAGCCGACCAGAGACGGUUGCGACAAGAAUGAUCUCUUACAACUUCAAAGACAUCGGAUUCGCUCCUUACGGUGAGGAAUGGAAAGCGUUGAGGAAGCUCGUGGUUAUGGAGCUUUUGAACACGAAAAAGUUUCAGUCUUUCAGGUAUAUAAGAGAGGAAGAGAAUGACUUGUUAAUCAAGAAGCUAACCGAAUCCGCUCUGACACAAUCCCAGGUGGAUCUGAAGAAGACCCUUUUCACGCUAGUCGCGAGUAUCGUGUGCAGGCUCGCUUUCGGGAUAAAUAUUCACAAGUGCGAGUUCGUAGACGAGGACAACGUUGCGGAUCUAGUUAACAAGUUUGAGAUGCUAGUCGCUGGUGUUGCGUUCACUGAUUUCUUCCCUGGAGUUGGUUGCCUUGUCGACCGGUUCUCAGGUCAGAACAAGACACUGAACAAUGUUUUCUCGGAACUCGACAAUUUCUUCCAAAACGUGCUCGAUGAUCAUCUUAAACCUGGAAGAGAAGUAUCAGAGAGCCCUGAUGUUGUUGAUGUGAUGAUUGAUCUGAUGAAGAAGCAAGAGAAAGAUGGAGAAUCUUUCAAGCUCACAACAGAUCAUCUCAAAGGAAUCAUCUCGGACAUAUUUCUUGCAGGAGUAAACACAAGCGCCGUCACUUUAAACUGGGCGAUGGCCGAGCUGAUCAGAAACCCGAGAGUGAUGAAGAAAGUGCAAGACGAGAUUCGGACAACACUUGGGGACAAGAGGGAGAGAAUCACAGAGCAAGAUCUAAACCAACUUCACUACUUCAAGCUUGUGGUCAAGGAGACAUUCAGGUUACAUCCAGCAGCUCCACUUUUGCUUCCAAGAGAGACAUUGUCUCAUGUCAAGAUCCAAGGCUACGAUAUUCCCGCGAAAACCCAAAUGAUGAUCAACAUCUACUCGAUUGCACGUGAUCCAAAGCUAUGGACAAACCCUGAUGAGUUUAACCCUGACAGGUUUCUUGACAGUUCCAUAGAUUACAGAGGACUAAACUUUGAGCUGUUACCAUUUGGUUCUGGCCGGAGAAUCUGUCCCGGGAUGACGCUGGGAAUCACCACCGUGGAAUUGGGACUGUUGAAUUUGCUGUACUUCUUCAAUUGGGAAGUGCCUGUAGGGAAGAAUGUGAAAGACAUAGACUUGGAAGAAACAGGAUCGAUCAUUAUUAGCAAGAAAACAACUCUUGAGCUUGUUCCACUUGUUCAUCACUGAAAUGACGAUCAUGUAACAAUUAGUCAAUAAGAUUAUGUAUUUGUAUUCAGCUUCUUUAUCUUGACUUGGUUGUAUUUGUAUUAUAUAUAAAAAAAAUCAUUAUCUUAAAACAGAGUGAUAUAAAGUAUAAACA